AUGUACCAAAAUUUUAAUAUAGAAAAUAACUUAAUGUCAAGGAGUCCAUAUAAGAUGGAAGGUCGCGCUGUGCUUGAUCGCCUCAGCAGUACUACAUUAAGUGAGGUGACACUGACGAGAGACGCCGAAGGUUUGUAUCCCGUACCGCUGGACGUCGGGACUUUCUCCGUAGUAGCAGCCAAUGCUACUUGUGGCGAUAAUGGUGCGGAGGAAUUUUGCCGGGAUACGCCUGGAAAGCGUGGCGUAGUGUGCGACGUAUGCGAAGGUCUCGAUGGCUCCCCAUCCAGGCGACACCUUGCAACAUUUGCUGUGGAUGGAGAUCCAGCUACUUGGUGGCAGAGCCCCACGCAGGCUAGUGGCGAAGAGUUUAGUCACGUCGAGUUUGUUGCUUCCCUGCCUACCCAAUCUGAAAUUAUGACAGAAAUUAAUUUAAAUAAAAACGUCACAGAUACAGCAAACAUAAAGGCGAUUCCAUGA